CUGUUCUCUUUCUGAUCUCCUGUAAAGUAAUCCUCUCUUCCUCUGCGGGGUGAAAGGACACAAAUAGCCGACAUGACAACAUUAAGACCCUUUAACUGCGAUGAUCUGUUCAAAUUCAACAAUAUCAACCUGGACCCAUUGACAGAAACUUAUGGGAUCCCGUUCUACCUGCAGUACCUGGCCCACUGGCCCGAGUACUUCAUCGUAGCUGAAGCUCCUGGAGGGGAACUCAUGGGAUACAUCAUGGGGAAGGCGGAGGGAUCUGUGGCGCGGGAGGAGUGGCACGGCCACGUCACGGCCCUCUCUGUGGCCCCUGAGUUCAGGAGACUGGGCCUCGCUGCCAAACUCAUGGAGAUGCUAGAGGAGAUCUCAGAGAGGAAGGGCGGGUUCUUCGUGGACCUGUUUGUGCGCGUCUCGAACCAGGUGGCGGUGAACAUGUACAAGCGCCUGGGAUACAGCGUGUACCGCACGGUCAUCGAGUAUUACUCCGCCAGCAACGGGGAGCCGGACGAAGACGCCUACGACAUGAGGAAGGCGUUAUCCCGAGACAUGGAGAAGAAGUCGAUCGUCCCGCUGCCUCACCCCGUCCGCCCGGAGGACAUCGAAUAACAGCUGCUGGCUCUCUGACGCUCCUGAUCAUCAUUUUAUAUAAACCACAGCUUCAUUGUACAUAUUAAAGACCAAGCGCUCCACUCCUCCUCCAGAGUCAGAGAGCCUUUGAUCCCCACCCAGUGAAUUCUCUAAAGGCACUUGUUCUUAAGAAAUGACACAGAAAGACGGUUUGAAUUGACGUUUGUAUAAUGCAGAAAAACAUGGACGUACAAUAAAGAUUGCUCAUGA